UAAAACCAUUAAUAAAACGAGUACGACAGAGUACGAGAUCGUAUUGGAGUAUACAGAAUGACAAGUUUGUGUUGUAUAUUGAUUGUGCAAUGAAAAUGUAUUUCGAAUUAUUUAUUAAUAUUCCGCUAUGUAUUAGUUAAUUGCGAAGAAAAUGGGCCGAGGACUAUGAACUAAGUGCGUGCUCAUUUGUGUUUUUAGUGUUGCGUAGUUUGAUUCUUGCUCAUCAUAACAUAGGUAAUUGGAAUAAUGGUUGAGAACGGCGGUUCGAGCGGGGGCAGCGACAGCCCCAACGCGACUUGCGGGCGGUCGGGCCUGCUGGAGACGCUGGUGCGCGGGGUGUGGUACCGGGUGCACUGCUCCCUGGAGGACGACUACUUCAGCGUGUGCCUGGACGACGGGUACGAUGCGACCACAACUCUCAAUGGCACUCUCAACAAUAACAAUGUCGAAACACCCAACAGUGACUUCACCGAAGUGCCGGAAGCGAUCGCGAAUCAAAAACGACUAGUGCAAGUGGUUAAAUCUGACAACAAUGGGCUCGGAAUAUCAAUUAAGGGUGGAAUAGAAAACAAUAUGCCCAUAUUAAUAUCAAAAAUAUUCAAAGGCAUGGCAGCAGACCUCACUGAACAGUUGUAUGUUGGUGAUGCUAUCUUGUCAGUCAACGGAGAGGAUCUUAAGGAUGCUACACAUGAAGAAGCUGUGAAGGCUCUGAAAAGAGCUGGCAAAAUGGUUCAGUUGGAAGUAAAAUACCUCCGAGAAGUGACGCCAUACUUCCGCAAGGCGUCGAUCAUCAGCGAGGUGGGCUGGGAGCUGCAGCGCGGCUACAUGGCAGAGGCGCCGCCGUCGCCGCCGUCACCGCGCCGCCGCCGCGCCGACACCCGCUAUGUGCCGCUGCUGAUGGCCUGUGUGGCCAAGAACCUGCGUCAUCAUGACCCCGAGGAGCGCACUAUCGAGGUGUACUCGCCGGACGGCGUGCACGCGCUGGCGCUGCGCGCGGGCGACGCGGCGGGCGCGGCGGGCUGGCACCGCGCGCUGCACGCGGCGGCGCGCCGGGCCGCCCGCGCCGCGCUGGCUCGCGCGCGUCCUCGCCUGCGCGCGUUGCUAGGCGACGUGCGCUACGCCGGAUGGCUGGCGCGCCGCCCCGCUAUGGAUCAUAUCAGCGCAUCUGGUGGCUCCGACAGUUCAGACGAAGCAGAGGGAUGGCAACCUACCUUUGUAGCUAUCACAGACCGAGAGUUAAGGUUGUACGAGGCGGCGCCGUGGUCGGCGGAGGCGUGGUGCGCGGCGGGCGAGGUGCUGGGGCUGGCGGCCACGCGCCUGGCGUGGUGGCGGCGCGGCGGAGCAGGGGCCGCGGCGCUCGGCGUGCGCGCCGGCACGGCGGCCGGCCUGGCGGUGCGCGCGCUGCGCGCCGACACGCCGCACGACCUGGCCGCCGUCGCCGGCGCGCUCGUCGACGGCGCGCACCGCGCCGUGCGCGCCCAGCCCGAGUUCACCUUCCGUUGCCGUUUCCGCGGCGCGUGCGCGCGUUUAUCGCUGGGUGCGGGCGGCGUGUGCGUGUGGGAGGCGGCGGGCUCGCUGGGCCGCGGCGGCGCGCGCGCGCUGUACCGCCGCCCGCUGCACGCGCUCAAGGCCUCCGCCGACGACGACCGCUCGGCGCUGUGGCUGCACUUCACGGAUGACGACACCGUGGAGCUGGACAUGGAGGGCAGCCCGAAGCCGGCCGUGUUCAUCCUGCACAACCUGCUGUCGGCGCGCGUGCACGCGCUGCCCGAGGACGCCGCGCAGCCGCUAUAACCGCCGCCGCUAGCACCCGUGAGUCUCCCCCACUAGCAGCCGUGAGUCUCCCCCACUAGCACCCGUGAGUCUCCCCCACUAUACCCGCUCGCCCGGCAGCUCUGUGCUACGCACGAAUUGUUGAUUCUUCAUUCAGCUCGUUGAAUAUUGCAGCUUUAGUUCAAUCGCGCAGAAAAUCUCAAGAAUUCCCAAAUAGAAUCUCGAAUAAUACUCCUUUGAUUUUAUGUUUGUUAAGUUUAUGUCAGACUUUAAAAAUCUUGUUGAAAUGAAAUUUUUGUGUGCAUAGUAAUUAACAUUGAUGUUGGCGACGGCCUAUAGGCUACUAUAGUGCAAUUAUGGCUAUUAUUAAUCUAUUUUACGAAAUUAGCACAACGAGUGCUCAGAUUACGAGUAGGAUACCUCCGAUAGUUACCUACUACUACCGUCAGCAUUGUCAUUGCACUUACAUCGAUGAUAUUUGGGAUAAUGGCAACAGUAGGGCUUUAUGAAAGUGGUGACUAUUCGGAAUCAUUUUAUAUUAUGGUAUUGAAGAACUGACAAGUGCUGCUGUGCCAUGGUUUUAUGUUGUAAUUUUAUUAUUACGUACAUGAUUUGGUUUAUUUUUAAAAGGAAAUGACAUGCGUGUGUAAAAUAAACAUAACGUUAAACUUUUAAAAGAAAAACGAAGAGUGGAAGUAAAGUACCCAAUAUUUUUGAAGCUUGUACCGAUGCAAGGUACGUAAUAUUUAUUUUAGUCACAUUUUCCGUUACAACACUUCGUAAGUACGAUGUCGAACUCAAAAUUAUAUGGUAGUUACUUAGGCACCUCUCUUGCUGGUGUAAUUAGAAUCUUACUUUUAUACGUAGAACGAAACAUGUCAGACCUUAUGCGAAAUAAUCGAAACCUAGUUAUUCUGCCUAUCAAAGCUUUCUUACUAAGUGAUUUUUAUCUCAGUACUUUUAUAAUUAUACAAUAUCUACGCUGUAAAUAGCUAUUAUUCUUUCUACGUCUUUACAUUUCCCUAUUUAAGGUAAUUGGUUUGCUUUAAUAUUUGUAGUGUUCAAUUAUAAGAUAUAAGAUGUCAUAAAAGCUAGGAUAAUUUUAAUUACGGUUAAGAUUAAUGUGUAGUGACGUAGCGAAGUCAUUUGACUAACGACAGGCAAUAUUUAAGGUGAUAAAAAGGUUAGAAAUAUUUAUUUUAUUACCACAUUUAUGUCAUAUUUUGUAAGCGUACAAUAUGUAACUGGAGUAAUGUAUCGGAUUCUUUUUAUAAACAAGACUUCGCCGGUAUUUAUUGGAUCUAAUUAUCUCUAUAAACGCCUUUAUUGAUUAUAAAUGUUUAUACUCUUUAACUAUUUGUCAUUAAUAGCGAUGUAUUUAUUGUGUUAUAUUUGAUCAUAAUUUCACCUCCUCGACAUACUGUUUCUCGAAUUGUGAAUCUCGGAGAUUUUGGUUAAUGCUUUAAUUUUAGGCAGCCGAAGAGGCGUAAUUGUAUUGUUAUUUGUUAUUAUUCACAAAUUUAUAUUUUACGUAAUUAUUAUAAAUAAAUCUUAAUUACUCGAUUAUGUGUAUAGGCUUGAUUGUUAUUAGCACUAGAUUACAUGAAUGUUUAAGUUAACCACAAUAUCAACAACAAUACGUAUACAUUCGUACUUUUGAGUAAUUCACGUACAGUCAACCGAUCUGAAUCCUAGGCCACUGUAGAACCCUUUCACAGUAAAAGUCAAACUGACUUCUAUAGCAAAUAAAGCAAGGUGUCAAUGCGACAGGGUUCCAGAGUGGCCUAGGAUUCUAAUUGGUUGACUGUACGUAGGUACCUAUACAGUAAUGCAGAAUGAAAAGGGAUGCGUGCCUGCGGAAUCAAUUUAUUAUAGUGUUUCUGACUAUGAAAUUAUUGGUGUCCGCAACUACCUACUACAAAAAUACACAUUAUGUGUCAAGCCCGGACCAGUGAUAAAAUUUGAUUUGCGUAUUAUGGUUAAUAGGGUGGAGCGAAAAAACACUUUUCUGGAAUUAGCAAACCUAAUAGUUAUCAAUCAGUGCCCCUUAUUCUAUGAAGCCUUUGUGCAAAUUUUCAGCUUUUUAAAUCAACAUCUUCUGCC